AUGACUGGAAGCGACGAGAAAUCGGCUUGGACCGACUCCGUUGUGUCAACCCGCAAGAACUCGGAUGACUGGCAGCUUUCGAGAUCAAAUUCUCUUGUUCUAAGUCAUCUCGAUGUCAAAGUCGACACGCUCAAGGUGCCCGACCAUGACGCAAAUACCUACAGCAAAUCCGUCACGCCGGCUGUCGAGAGAGGAGAGAAACCAUUCGAGGACGAUCACGACAACCACAAAGGCCAUAGUGCUAUCGAUAUGUUCGAUCCGAACCGCCCCAAGAUGGCCUUCAAGCAGCGGCUACACCACUUCACCUGGGCCUGGUACACAUUCCCUAUGAGCACUGGCGGCCUGUCGCUCCUUAUCUUUGCCCAGCCGCACCAGUUCCCCGGGCUCAGGGAGAUUGGCAUGACUGUAUACAUCAUCAAUAUCCUUCUUUUCAUCGCUAUCUGCUCUACAAUGCUAUUGCGUUUCUUCUUCAACCCCGGAGAUAUGUCCAAGUCGCUUACUCAUGAGCGUGAGGGCUUCUUCUUCCCCACGUUCUUUCUAUCGGUAGCGACCCUUAUAACCAGCACCCAACGAUAUGCCAUCCCAGACAACAACGAGACACUGGCUUGGGCUAUCCAGAUGGCAUUUUGGGGAUAUGUCAUCAUGACCCUACUGCUUGCUGUUGGUCAAUAUAGCUACGUCUUCGCGGCGCAUAGCUUUGGCCUACAGACGAUGAUGCCAACGUGGAUUCUCCCUAUCUUUCCUAUCAUGCUCUCAGGUACCAUUGCUUCCGUUAUUGCCGAUACGCAGCCCGAGAUCGCGGCAGUCCCCAUCAUCGUGGCCGGCUUGACGUGCCAAGGUCUUGGGCUGUCUGUUGCUGUCCUUAUGUACUCCCACAUGGUCGGUCGCUUAAUGUCAGCUGGCCUCCCUAACCGCGAACACCGUCCCGGCCUGUUUAUGAAUGUUGGCCCGCCAUCGUUCACAGCGCUAGCCUUGAUUGGCAUGGCCAACGGGCUGCCUGACAGUCUUGACCCUGAUAUGGACGGCAUUAUCGUUGAUGCUGGCAUUAUUCGCACCAUGGCUUUGAUAUCCGGAAUCAGUCUCUGGGCACUUGCGGCCUGGUGGUGGGGUAUUGCCCUGAUAUCAGUUCUCCGAUCGCCUCCCGUCUAUUUUCAUCUCGGCUGGUGGGCCAUGGUCUUUCCUAACACUGGCUGGAUCCUCGCUACUAUUUCUAUUGGAAAUGCCCUUGGCAAUGAGCCAGUGAAGUGGGUGGCAACGGGUAUGAGUAUUGUACUUGGCAUUACUUACUUCUAUGUCCUCUACAACCAUGUCCGGGCGGUGAUAGUACAAGAUAUUAUGUACACUGGAAGGGACGAGGACUUCAACGACCACUAA